AUGGAAGUGAUAUUUGACAUUAAUGAUGCCACAGGAAAAUCUAAGGAGGCUCUGAGUUUUGCCAUGAGAUUGAGAAUUGCAAUAGGUUCAGCCAGGGGCAUCCUUUAUCUUCACACAGAAGCCAAUCCUCCAAUAUUCCACAGGGAUAUCAAGGCAAGCAACAUAUUGUUGGAUUCUAGAUUUACUGCAAAGGUUGCUGAUUUUGGACUCUCACGACUCGCUCCAGUUCCUGAUAUUGAAGGAACUCUGCCCGGUCAUGGUUACCUCGAUCCUGAAUACUUCCUCACUCAUAAGCUGACAGACAAAAGUGAUGUUUACAGCCUUGGAGUUGUGUUUCUAGAGUUGUUGACAGGAAUGCAUCCGAUCUCACACGGCAAAAACAUUGUCCGGGAUGCUGAUCCUUUCACACAUCUUAUUCCUAUACCUCAUCACUUGAGAGCCACAUAUUGGUUCUUGGUAAAGGUGGCACAUCGUUCUGGCAUGGUCUUCACGAUCAUCGAUGAAGAAUGGGAUCUUACCCUUCUGAAUGUGUGGAAGUUUGUAAAUUUGGCCCUCAAGUGUUGCCAAGAGGAGACAGAUGCCGGCCUUCAAUGGCAGACGUCGUCCGGAGCUUGA